AAUAAUGACACAUGAAAGCAGUCAAUUUUCUAUGGAAAACUUACAAUUUAAUGCAAACAAAAUGAGUAAAAAUUCACAAGGAUGUGAUUUUCAUAAAUUUUCCCAGAUUCCGUGUGAUGAAACAGAGGAAUAUCUCCGUGUAGUUGAUUGUGACAGAAGCACUGAAAGACAUCUAGCAUGUUUGAAGUCCUCAGAGUGUGUUAAAGGAAAACCUUUUCAAUCUUACGACUGUCCAGAAUCUUUGUUAAUUUUAUAUAGAAGCGGCAUAUUCACAAUAGAUAAAAACUCGUUGAACCUCAGUAUUUGUGAAGCACAUCGUGCACAUUUUGGUUUGAACUGGAGACGCGGAAGGGUACGUUGUACAUAUCCAGACCAUGAUCACAGCAGUAGCAAGGCAAAGUCAGACCGUGGUGCCACUCCUUCUCUUUGCAAAGAAUUAUGGCUCAAGACCAGACAGAUCAUACCAGUAGGAUUAGAAAUAUGUAAACAAUGUUCCACACAGCACCGAAGGAAUAUUUCAAGUCAGCCAAAUAUAACCUUUGAAGAAGAAUUAGAAAAAUUUGCACAGCUACGCAGUUGUUUGAAAAUUGAACCAGAACAACUAAGUUGCACUGAGUCAGAUGAUGAGCAAGAGAAAUACCACCUUGAUCCAAGGAGUCUGGAAAAAACAGUACCCCCCGGAGACAGCAUUCUUUGCAAAUUUAUGCCUAACAAAGUCAAUAGCCACACGCAACUGGAACAUCGAAGGUCCGCAAAGCACAUCAACAUCGAAGGUCCGCAAAGCACAUCAACAAGCUGGUGGAUCCUAUUCAAGAUUCGAUCCAUGCCAUGA